AUGCCCUUUCCGACUGGAAGCAAGCCCGUCAAGGAGAUGGACAGCCCUCGGCCGAAGCUCUGGAUCUACGACCAUUGCCCUUAUUGUGUUCGGCCACGCAUGGUUUUCGGGCUCAAAGGGAUCACGCACGACCUGGCGUACCUCUCGAACGACGACAUCGAGACGCCAACCGCCAUGGUCGGCAAGAAAAUGGUCCCGAUUCUCGAGCUCGGCCGCCCUGGGUCCGAGGAUCACGAGAUCAUGGCCGAGAGCAUGGACAUCGUCAAGAGGCUGGACUUGGACCCCCAGUUCGGGCCUCCCGUGCUAGCCCCCGCCGUCGACCGCAAAGACCUGGACGGUUGGGUUUCCUCCGCAGCCAUGCUGAUGCGGCGCCUCGUUCGUCCGAGGAACGCCGUCACGCCUCUCGCGGAGUUCCAGACCCGAUCGGCGAGAGAGGCGUUUGUCCGCAACCAUCCAUUGCCGGAACCGAGCAGCUACGAGGCCAACCUCAAGGCGUCGCCAAAGCUGAUCGAGGAGCUGGAACGCGAGCUGUGGAAGCUUGAGGGCAUGAUCCACAGCCCCACCAGUGUGGCGGCGGACGGGAAGCUGUCGUACAACGACGUAGAGUUUUUCCCGCGCAUGCGUGGCCUCACGAUCGUGCAAGGCUUGGGCAUCCCACCGAAGCUGCGAGCGUACCUCGACGCCGUCUCGGAGCGCGUGGACGUACCGCUGUAUGACAAGAUAGCUUCGUGA